AACGAAGCACUUAAUGAAAUUGAAGUAAAUCUACCUGAAAAAGAAAAUAUGUAUAAGUGGUAUUACAACCUGUUUUUGAUAUCAAAUGAUACUGAUAAGAGAGUGGGUAAUGACAUUGAAAAUGAAGUUGAGGAAGAAAAGUUUAAAAGUAUUAAAGUAUUAGAUAAUGAUGAUUUUAUUGCUAAUACAAGUUUAAAUAAUCCAUUUUUAGUAUUAAAUAAUACUAAUGAGAAAGCAGGUGAUAACAUCAUUAAAAGUGAAGUUAAGGAAAAGAAGACUCAAGUGAACUAUAAAGAAAGUAUUAAAGUAUGA